AUGGCGGGCAGCGGGAAGCGGCCGGAGCAUCGCGGGCCGCCGGAGUUGUUCUACGAUGAGGCUGAAGCCCGGAAAUACACACACAACUCUCGGAUGAUUGAGAUCCAGUCGCAGAUGUCAGAACGAGCUGUGGAGCUCUUGGGUCUCCCAGAGGACUGUCCCUGUUUCUUGCUGGAUGUGGGCUGCGGCUCUGGUUUGAGUGGGGAUUACAUCUCUGAGGAGGGACAUUGUUGGGUUGGCAUGGACAUUAGCCCUGCUAUGCUUGAUGUGGCCGUCGAGAGAGAAGUAGAGGGGGACCUGAUGCUGGCAGAUAUGGGCCAAGGGAUUCCCUUCAGGCCUGGGACCUUUGACGGCUGCAUCAGCAUUUCUGCAGUGCAGUGGCUCUGCAACGCUGACAAGAAGACACACAGCCCUCCGAAACGACUGUAUCGGUUCUUCUCUACUCUUUAUACUGCGCUGGCCCGAGGAGCCCGAGCCGUUUUGCAGCUUUAUCCAGAAAAUGCUCAGCAGCUGGAACUCAUCACCACCCAGGCCAUGAAAGCAGGCUUCACUGGCGGCAUGGUGGUGGAUUAUCCCAACAGUGCCAAAGCCAAGAAGUUCUUUCUAUGUCUCUUUGUUGGUCCAAGUGACGUUUUGCCAAAGGGUCUAGGUACUGAGUGCAACGACGAAAAGCAGGCACAGGCAGAAUUCGUUCGUGAAAGAAUACGAUUUAAGAAUGCCAAAGGGCAGUCUGUGAAGAAAAGCCGGGAUUGGGUGCUGGAGAAGAAAGAGCGGCGGCGGCGGCAGGGCAGGCAAGUGCGGGCGGACACCAGGUACACAGGCCGAAAGCGGCGGCCUCAUUUCUGACCUCCCGUCUCACCUUUUGGACCGCUUC